GUGUAGGUAACUUCGGUCGCCUCCUAUAUAAAGCUCGGGCACUCCCUCCGCGAGCGGCUUAGGGCGUAAAGAGAAGAAACAAGCCGUUGAAGAGGGCUCUCUCUCUCUAUCCGUGCACCAAAAACAAACCUCUAUCCGUGCGAGAGAAGAAAGAUGGAUCGUUACCAGAGAGUGGAGAAACCAAAGGCGGACACGCCGAUUGACGAGAAUGAGAUUCGUAUCACCAGCCAGGGCAGGAUGCGGAGCUACAUCACCUACGCCAUGGGCCUGCUCCAGGAGAAAGGUUCAAAUGAAAUUGUCUUUAAGGCAAUGGGAAGAGCUAUUAACAAGACUGUUACUAUAGUGGAGCUUAUCAAGAGGAGAAUUGUGGGUCUUCAUCAAAUAACCACUAUUGGAUCCACAGAUAUAACGGAUACCUGGGAACCCCUCGAGGAAGGACUCCUCCCAUUGGAGACUACAAGGCAUGUGUCGAUGAUUACAAUAACCCUGUCAAAGAACGAAUUGGAUACUUCAUCUGUUGGGUAUCAGCCUCCAUUACCUGCAGAACAAGUGAAGGCCUUGGGUGAAUUUGAAAAUGAAGGAGAGGGCUAUCCAAAUGGUCGAGAAAGGGUCAUCAGUGGUAGAGGAAGGCCAAGGGGUAGAGGUAAUGGUUUCAUGAAUGCUGAUUAUGAUGAUGGGGGUUGGGAACACAACCGAGGAUAUGCUAGAGGCAGGGGUCGAGGAAGAGGCCGUGGUUUCCGUGGACGUGGAAGAGGAGGAUAUAAUGGACCUCCGGCUGAUAUACAGCAAGAUGGCGGAUAUUAUCAGGAGCAGCCUGCUCGAGGCCGCGGUCGUGGUCGUGGCAGGGGGACUCGUGGAAGGGGGCGUGGCUUCAGAUCAAAUCGACCAAUCCAAGCAGCUGCCUAAAGGUGUUCGAUGUCUCUCUUGGAAGUUAGGAGCAAGGGUGGAUGCCUACUCUAUCUCUAUGUUUAUCAUCUUCUAGGGUUUUUUUUUCCCAUCAACAAAUGUAGGAUGUCGCUGUGUAACUGUUUCGGACACACUCGUAACUUAGAACUCACCCAAGCUUCCUUUGUUUUUACCCCCUUUUUUCCGCCGAAGUGUUAGGUUAUAUGGUGAGCAUUAUUGUUUUUUCCCAUCUUUAUUUAUCAGUGGCACAUUCUUUUAA